UAACAACACCCUUAACAUCAUCGGCCAAAUGGAUAGCCGCGGCAAAAGGUGGAGAGCAGAGUGAGAUUAUAUUUCCAGGCUGAUUUAACACUUUUAACUUUCUCAACUCUAAAUGUUUAUAAAAAAUAAAUAUCAAAGUGCACAAAAAAAAAUACACCAAACUUAUUUUGUUACUUUUUAAUUUAAGGGCAUAGAUUGGUCAUUUUAUUUUAAGUUGAGGGAAUUUCAGUGGCGGACUCUGCUCCAGCUAGCUUGAAAACAUGAUUGCUUUAUCUUUUGCGCCAACUUUCACUUGGUGGAGAAGACGACGGGGAAUGAACAGUCUGUUACUGCUUCCGCUGUUGCAAAUGCGUUAUCAAUCCAUCCAAUUCCGUCUACAAACCAGUAUUCGACGUCAAAUACAUCAUCGGCAACAGCCUUUGGCCGCCUCAAGUUCCCUUAUGUCUAUCUCCAAGCAAUUCAAUAUGGAUAACCUAGAAGAGGAGGACGAUGCCGCUUCACACCCAAAUCAACGCUACGAUUUCACUCCCCUGCUUCAAUUUCUUUCCACACAGCUCAAUUCACAAACUUCUUCACCCAAUUCAGAAACUUGUUCACCCACACAGCUAAACCCGACCGAGUUGCGGCUCGCUGAGUCAUACCGAGCUGUUCCGGCUCCACUCUGGCACUCUCUUCUGAAAAGUCUCUCCUCCACGCCAUCUUCAAUUUCGAUAGCGUAUGGACUCGUUACAUGGCUUCAGAAGCACAACGUUUGUUUCUCAUACGAACUGCUCUACUCAAUUCUCAUUCACGCGCUAGGACGCUCGGAGAAAUUGUACGAGGCUUUUUUGCUCUCACAGCGGCAAACACUGACGCCUUUAACCUACAAUGCACUUAUUGGUGCUUGUGCACGAAACGGUGAUCUCGAAAAAGCACUUAAUUUAAUGUGUAGAAUGCGAAGAGACGGGUAUCAAUCUGACUAUGUUAAUUAUAGUUUGAUUAUUCAGUCGCUUAUUCGCAGUAAUUCUAUUGAUUUGACUAUGUUAAACAAGUUCUAUUAUGAAAUUGAAGCUGAUAUGAUUGAACUUGAUGGGCAAUUGUUGAAUGAUAUGAUUGCGGGUUUCGCUAAAGCUGGUGAUGUUGAUAGAGCUUUAAGUUUCAUGGGUGUUGUUCAAGGUAAUGGGUUGAGCCCAAAAACAGCCACUAUUGUUACCUUGAUAUCUGAGUUGGGUAAUUCAGGCAGGACUGAGGAGGCUGAGGCUGUGUUUGAGGAGUUGAAAGAAGGUGGGUUAAAGCCAAGGACGAGGGCGUUUAAUGCCCUUUUAAAAGGUUAUGUUAAAACAGGAUCGUUGAAGGAUGCUGAGUAUAUAGUGUCGGAGAUGGAGAGGAGUGGGGUGGCACCGGAUGAACAUACAUACAGCUUGCUUAUUGAUGCUUAUGGAAAUGCAGGCAGGUGGGAAAGUGCGAGAAUUGUGUUGAAAGAAAUGGAAGCGAAUAAUGUUCAGCCGAAUUCAUUUGUGUUUAGUAGGAUUUUAGCUAGUUAUCGUGAUAGGGGGGAGUGGCAGAGAUCAUUUCAGGUGCUUAAUGAAAUGAAGAAUAGUGGGGUGAAUCCUGAUAGGCAGUUUUAUAACAUAAUGAUUGAUACUUUUGGGAAGUACAAUUGUUUGGAUCAUGCAAUGUCGACAUUUGAAAGGAUGAAGUUGGAUGAAAUCGAACCUGAUACUGUUACGUGGAACACACUUAUUGAUUGCCAUAGUAAGCAUGGUCAUCACAAUAAGGCGGAGGAUCUGUUUGAGGCAAUGCAGGAAAGUGGAUGUUUUCCAUGCACCACCACAUACAAUAUAAUGAUUAAUUCUUUUGGCGAGUUGGAAAAAUGGGAGGAAGUGAAGGGGCUGUUGAGUAAAAUGCAGAGUCAGGGCCUUCUGCCCAACAUUGUUACCUAUACCACUCUGAUUAAUAUUUAUGGACAGUCAGGAAGGUUCAAUGAUGCUAUUGAGUGCUUGGAGGUGAUGAAGUCUGCAGGGUUGAAGCCAUCUUCAACCAUGUAUAAUGCCUUGAUCAAUGCCUAUGCACAGAGGGGAUUGUCUGAACAAGCAGUAAAUGCCUUUAGGAUCAUGAAAGGUGAUGGCCUAAAGCCCAGCCUGUUAGCUCUCAAUUCACUAAUUAAUGCAUUUGGUGAGGAUCGGAGAUAUGCUGAAGCUUUUGCUGUAUUGAAGUAUAUGAAAGAAAAUGAUAUGAAGCCGGAUGUUGUUACUUACACCACUCUCAUGAAAACCUUGAUACGUGUGGAGAAAUUCGAAAGGGUUCCAGCUGUUUAUGAAGAAAUGGUAUUGUCUGGAUGCAUCCCAGAUAGGAAAGCUAGAGCGAUGCUACGAUCUGCUCUGAGAUACAUGAAGUCUACAUUGAAGUUGUAGCAGACUGCAAGUCACUCUAACAAAUAUGACCAUGCUGAGUCAUGAUUUUUCAGUAUAACUUUCAAUUUAAGCUGUUGUUCACUCUUGUGCAUUAACCUUUGUCACAAUUCAAGAACUUCAUGUUUGACAGCCAAAUUGGGAAGAUGUGGAUUCGAGGUCAAAUCCUUUUCAAGAAGGGGAGGAUGAUACGAGCCAAAUGAACAUCUUACCUUUCGAUGACACCAUUGGAGGCCAACACAUAAAGAAUCAAGCUCAACUGAGAGAAAAAGUGUUGAAAUAGAAGAAGAGCUUCAUUACACCCCAAGGCCGCCCCUUAUUAAGGAUCUUUUUGUCAUUUCUUUGAGCAUAAGAGGUGCCUAUGGAGUGUAGGACUUUAUUAAGGUACUUUUGGUCAUUUUAUUAUGUAAUAGUUUAGCCUAAGACUUUAAAUAGCUCUCAUUAGGUUUAUUUUCAGCAACUUAGAUGAUAUUUUGAGAGAAAUACUCUUGUUAGUGUAUUUGCAAGUGUGGAAUAACUUGUGGUAUAUGUGAAAUCACUUGUAACAAGUUACUUAUUUAGAAACGUGGGUUGCUAGGGAUUUUGGUUCCCUUGAGGUUCACAUAAGAGCUUGGUGUUAUUUGUACGAAUCUUAGGGGUCUUAGGGUUUGAUACACCCUUAGGUUAUUAUUUUUUUGUAUAAUCUUAUUUCAAUUUAUCUAUCUAUCUUUCG